AUGACACAUUUACUAAUAGAUGCUAAAUCAUCAAAUAAUUGUAAAGUUGAUAUCCUACUUGAUUCAAAACAUCAAUCAUUAAAUUUAUUUAAUAAAGUUGAAGCUGAACUUACUCUUCGUACAGCUGAAGAAGCUGAAAAAAAUUCUGUUGAAAAAGUAUGUAAAGGACCGCAACCACUUGAUCAACCAAAGAUUCAAUUAGAACAUGAUGCAAGUAAACGAGUAUUAUCUUGUACUAAAACUUUCAUCAAACGAUUGAUUGCACGAAAACCAAUGGAAAUAUUACAAGCUGAAAUUGAUACACGAAAUGAAUUGCGACGUGAUCUAAAUUGGAUUCAAUUACUUGCUAUAGGUCUUGGCUGUACUAUUGGUGCUGGGAUAUUUGUAUUAAGUGGACAAGCUGCUGCAAAAUAUUCUGGUCCAUCAGUCAUCAUUUCAUUUAU